UUUACUACCCGAGUGCGCGCAGUUCACCAAUGAGGGGUAGAAAGGGAGCACGGGGGCGAAGAAGAGCAUCGUUUUCGUGUCUCGGUGGGAAGUUUGCUACCAAUUAAGCCUCAGCUUGAACCUUUUUGUUUGUUUGUUUUGCUGAGUCUCGGAUCCGCACGUGCGCCUGUACGUUGUGCCGAUCUGAUCCCCAUUGCGCGCUGGCUGUGAGCUUGGGCACGUGCUCUGUUGUGUCUCUGCAUCCCAGGUUUUUUUUUCAUCCCAGGUUAAAAAGGCAUUUUUGUUUAUUUGUAACUUUUUUAAUUGUAAAGGCUUUUCUCAGGAUUAGGAAUCAGGCUCAGCACGUGCGCCCGGUCUGGUUAGAAGCGCACGGAUGUUGAUGCCAGCGCGUGCCGGAUGAGCAUGAAUCCGCUGCCAUGGCUCGCUGUGACCGCGGCGUUCAGACUCUUCUCACGGCUUUGGGCGCGUUCGUCGCCUUCAGUCUCAUGACGGUGGCCAUUGGCACGGACUACUGGCUCUACUCUCGCGCGUACGUGUGUAACGCUACAAACAGCAGCGCGGACGAAGCGGAAAACCUGCUGCAGCCUAAAAAGCCCAAAGGAGACCUGACACACUCUGGCCUCUGGAGGAUCUGCUGCAUUGAAGGAAUCAACAAAGGAAGCUGUUACCGGAUCAAUCACUUCCCUGAGGAUAAUGACUACGAUACAGACAGCUCUGAGUACAUCCUGCGGAUUGUGCGAGCAUCCAGCCUUUUCCCCAUCCUGAGCACUAUACUGCUGCUGCUGGGAGGAGUGUGUGUGGCUGUAGGACGAGUUUACAACGGCAGGAACAACAUCCUCCUGAGUGCUGGCAUCUUGUUUGUUGCUGCAGGUCUGAGCAACAUCAUAGGCAUCAUCGUGUACAUCUCGAGCAACGCCGGCGACCCUAGCGACAAGAAAGGCGAAGACAAGAAGUUCCAGUACAGCUACGGUUGGUCCUUCUACUCUGGCGCAUUGUCGUUCAUUGUGGCCGAAGCCAUCGGCGUGCUCACUGUCAACAUCUACAUCGAGAGAAACAAGGAAGUGCAUGUCAAACGCCGUAACUUCCUGAAAACCGGUGCAUCGUCCUCCUCACCAUACAUGCGAAUCCCAAGCUACCGGCAGCGCAGGCGUCGCUCUCGGUCCAGCUCGCAUUCCACCGAGCCUUCUCGAGACAACUCGCCUGUCGGGAGGAAGAUGGCGGCGUCCGCUCUGCCUCUCGGUGAGAUCUCCAUGUACACUCUAGGUCGAGAACACCAGCUGAGAUCAGGAUGUGCGCUCGGACCUUACCCAGACCCACCCAACUUUCUGCAAGUUCACAACUGCUUCGCCAAAGGCACGAAAGACGGCGUUAACCGCAGGACCACGCCCGUUUAAGCAACAAACCUCUGCUUCAAGAUCGAUGACAGUCAAGGAGGCAAUUGGAAGUAUUACUAUUUCUAUGGCUGAGUUUCAGCAAAGAAAUGAACAAAGGGAUGUUGAUUUAAGGGAGCGAGGGUUCGUUAGCACACAUUUAAAGCUAUCUAAUAGACGUUGUAGCAUUUUCUGAGCUAUGUUUUGGCUCAGAGUUUCAUACUGUAUAUUCAUAUGCACAGUCUGCAGUCCAAGUAGCAAUAUGCACCGAAUAUUGAAAUAUUGAAAUAUCGAACUAUAAUCUCAGAAUUGUUUGAGUAAUUUCAUGUUUUCUUUGUGUCGGUGUGUUUGACACUCAAGGCCACUUCACACUGGACACAUCGUAUCAAGCGUCACGUGUAGCUUAACGUCACAGAUCAUAGCUAAACCACAUUCGAUCGAUUCGAUCACCAUGGUAAAACAAAUUAAACACGAACGUACUUGUUGUUUGCCGUCACUUAGAAAAUCACUUAGAAAUGAAGAGUUCUUUACUUUUUUUAGCUUUUUGGGUGCUUUACAUCCAAUAUAUUGUAUUUGCACCCUUUAACGAGACAGUUUGCAAAAAAAUCAAUAAAAUAAAAAAAGUAGCUAUGCACCUACUGUAGUGGCGUCUGGAGCAGAUUCCGUUCAGUUAUAUAAUGUAUAGCAAUGUGAGGAAGAAGCUGACGGACAAAUAUACAGGAAGGUAAAGAGGUAAUAAGCUUCGGGUUAGAGUAUUUGAAAAUAGGAGAGUUCGGUCAGCUUGGCCGAAGGGGUGUGGCUAACUGGGGGCGUGGCUGACGGGAGGUGUGGUUGAGAGGCAAACUAGGCUUGUUCAAUUAAUUAUUAAACAUGAAACAAUUAGCCUAAUAUCUCUCUCAAAACAAAACACACAAGAAAUGUACAUUCAUCUACUCGUAACUGAUAAAGCCGAAACUGCCAAAACGUAAAAGAAAUGCACCGCAUGCACGUUCUCCUGCCUGUCCUUUACUCGUGCGGCGUACAGACGUGUCCAGAGCGGAUUAAAUUUGAUGCGACUUUUACAUAAUGCAUCUUUUGUGAAAAAAGCAAAGCCUGAAAGGAGCUCAGUCAGUACAUGAACUCGUCUGGUUUUCUAGGUAGUGAAGAAGCCAUUUUAUACAAUUACUCUUCAAACCACUGCCAUUCUGUUUACGUCUGAUGUUUACUUCAUUUCAACAACUCUGCUGAUGAUGAACCAGUUCUGUCUUAUACAUUCCUUUAUAUCUGAAGACUAACGAAAAAAACACCUUAGUCCUAAAGUCAAUUCUGUUGACGUUUAAGGAGUUUUUGCUCAGGGAAGUUUCAUGAUAAUUGGCCGCAACCUAUAAAUAUAACGUGAAGAAUCUUUUUCCUUGGAUCGAUCUCACAGCACUAUUGAUGAAUCUAUGCGUUGUUGUCUCUGAACUGCCAUUUUGUGUCGGGACACGAGUGUUAAGACUCGUUGGUCUAACACGUGGCUAAUGUCGUGUCGUCAGUGGCUUAUAUACAGUACCUUGAUACUCCAUGCUAGAAAGGAGCAUUUGACUACUGAAGCAAGCCUGAUUGCCUUAUAACACAGAGUCCAUUCAGCAGCACUACAGAACGCAUUGGAGCAUCCAAGGGGUGGUGAUUUUAUCGUACUACAAUGCUGAAAACACCGCAAGUCUACCGCAGCAUUCCCAAACGCUCAACGAUGUUUGCCCAGAUCUCUAAGAACAAUGAUAUGUGGGUAAUUAAAAAAAAAGUAAUAACAGUCUGGCAGCAGUCGAAACUUACAAAUGAUAACUUUCCAGACUGAGGACGCCGCCUCGAUGUUAUAACUGCCAAGAAGUCGAUUUGCUAUAAUGUUAUUGCUGUGAUCAAUCAAACAUGGACAGUUGUUGUUUCUCUGUGGAUGCUGUGAAAUUGUCUCAUAUCAUAAUGGCAUUACCGGAGGAAAUAUCUUUCCAUUCCCAACAGUUAUUGUCAUGGCAACAGUUAAUAAACACUAAGCCAAUUCUCCUAUGAUUCUGACAUAGUCUACAUUUCUCUAGAGACUCAGCAAAUACAAGAACCUUUGUUAGCUUACCCAUGAACUACUAAACUACCUUUUAAUAACUGUGUGACAGCAACAGAAAAAUAAAAGACACAGUCAUGCAUACUUGUGAUUUAGCACAGCGCUUUCUGUUAAUCGAUAACACGUUUAUAGUGCAUAAUAUUUUUUGUGGAAGAUUCAAUCUGUGCAUUAUGGUGUCAUUUUGUCUGCUUUUCCUGUCUGUAGUCAACUUAAAUAAAAACAAAGACCUUAUUGUUAUGCUUGUACUCACUGUACAUCACUUCAUCACCAGACUCCCAGAACUCAGUAUAAAAAUAAUAAAUGUGCAAAUUAGAAAUGUUUC